AUGCCUAUACUCAACCCUACCCAACUUGUCGACGAAUUCAAGAAGUCGGGGGAGUAUGAUCGUCUCCGACGAGAACUCCUAGCUCAAUUUCGCGACAGCGAGGGCAUGAACACUCUGAUGACCCGUGCUGAAGAGAUCGCGCGAGAGAAACUGGCAGCCGACCAGAAGCUGCAGUAUAUGCCAGAGGCCAUCAUUUCCAGGGAACUCAUGCAAGAGCUGGAUAGGUAUCCAAUAGUCGAGCGUGCAGUCAGUGACCUACGAGCACUCUCUAACCCUACUCUUGCGUCGGGCAUCCGAGCGUCUGUGAAGGCGAUUCUGCAAAGAGACCGUAACGGAGGCUUAGCCAUAGAUGCACCGCGGCCACCAGCAGGCGAGGUGUCGUCCACGCCGGAGAUACCACAGAGCGCGUCACAGGCAGUACCAACGGCCACUACGGCCACAGAGGACUCAGCUCCACAUACUCCCAUUGUUCCUGCUCAAACAGACACAUUCCCGGACGAGAAGACCCGUGCCGUUCGCUUUGAAGUCGAUGGCAUUAAUGGUCACGGGGAAAUCGAGCAGGAUGGGUCGAAGGCCCUUGCGACGGACAUGUCGGCUACUCCUGGCUAA